AUGGCUGUUCGAUCUCUCGUCGCGACUCUCCUUUUGGCCUCUUCGGCCUUGGCCAAGACUGACCUUGCCGGUUGCACUUACACCGACGUCGUCGUCAUGCCCACUGACCGUCCCGCCUACGAUGCCUAUGCCAGCCGCAUCUGGUACGUUCCCGGCACCGGCGAGCUCUGCGACUUCCUGGACUGCGGUGGCGGCCGAGCUCCCCCCAAGACGAAUGUCCCCGGCUGCCCUCUGUACUCCGGCACCGAGACCUACUCGCCCAGCUACCUCAACCUCCAGACCAAGGCUGCUGCUGGUAGUGAGGGUGAGGCCACAGCCACUGGCUCAUCUGGUGCCACAACCACCGGCGAGUCUCAGGUUACGACCAAGGCUACCAUCGCUCCGUCCACGACCUUGGAGACUUCCGUGUCCAAGACGGCCUCCGAGACCGACUCGGCCGCCCAGACCACUGCGGCCCCCUCAACCACGGCUGUUGUCCCUCCCGUCAAGUCGAGCGCAAGCUCAUCCGCAGUGACCGCUUCUCAGGGACUGCCUGGACGUAACGGCACUUCCACCGGCACUCACCCCACCAGCACCUUCACGACCAACGGCGCUGCUCCCACUGCUGUUGCCAUCCUCGGCUCAUGCCUGAUUGCUGGUGUUGCGGCCUGUGUUGGUAUGCUGUAA